UGUUUAUCCUUUUGGAUGUACUGCAUCUCCAAUUGGAUCCGGACCACAGAUUAUGGUCAAGGGGCUGCCACAUUUCCUCAAAAGCCAAAUAUCUUUCUCUGUGAUUUGUCUAUGUGCUUCUGCUUCUCUGCCUCUUCCUCCUACUCCUCUUCCUCGGUGUCAGUCCAAACUACGUCACAUCUGCAUGCCCCAAUUGGAGAACAACCUCUCUCAUGGAGCUACAACUCUACUAGUACAAAAAAGGAUGCGAGAUUUGUUGAGCUUAUCCGCUACCAGACCCAGAGGAGGAGGAGGAGGAGGAAGAAGAAGAAGCCAGAAGCCUCUCCUUCCUUGCUCCAUUCCGCCUUGAGGGAAUCCCUCUGCCAGAUUCCUGCCCUCCUCCUUCCUCUCCUGCUUCUCUGUUCGUUUGUUUUUUUUUUCCUGGGAUCGAUUCUUCAGUUUGAGCGGCGGCUAGCUAGCUUUUUAAUGGAGGGGGGAAGCGGCAGCGCAGGGCAGUUGGACGGCAAGGUAAUGCAGACGUUCCAGAAGAGCUUCGUUCAGGUGCAGAGCAUACUCGACCACAACCGUGUGCUGAUCAACGAAAUCAACCAGAACCACGAGUCGAAGGUCCCGGACAACCUCAGCCGCAACGUCGGCCUCAUCAGGGAGCUCAACGACAACAUCCGCCGCGUCGUCGACCUCUACGCCGACCUCUCCGUCUCCUUCUCCAAGUCCAUGGAGGCCGACUCCGGCCACAAGAGAAGCAGGCAGCAGGGCUAGCUAGAAAUUAACACACACAAUGCCUCUCUCUCUCUCUCUCUCUCUCUCACUCUCUCCUUGCUUGUGAUCAGAACUCUUGUUUGGAUCUUCAACUGAUUUUUCCUGCUCUUCAAUUGUUGUUUGUGUCAAUA